UGCAGAGAGGAAGGCAAUAAGACUCACAUGUUCGAGUCCGUUAGUUUUGAGAGAACAGAGGGAAGAAGCUGAGGCUGAAGCUGAGGCUGACUGAUUGAAGUCCAUAAGAUGAUGAUGGAGAACGAGGAGGACAAAGCGAAGUCUGCAGGAUCCAGCUGUCUGCCUGUGAAGAGUGACCGGUCCAAACAACAACCUACAGACUUCAGCGAUGAAGCUGGACCCUCAGACACAGAAAGUCAGAGGUCACAGGCUCCAGGGAUCAGCUUUCUGUCUCAGAAGAGUGACCGGUCCAUUGGUAAACCCCCAGACUUCAGAGAAGAACCUGGACCACCACACACAAAAGAGAGGAAGAGGAAGAGGAGUGAUAUUUGUGAGGAGGAGCAGCUGUCCUGCUGUGCUUUGUGUCAGGACAUCCUAAAUGAUCCCGUCUCUACCAGCUGUGGACACUGGGUCUGCAGACAGUGCAUCUCCUCAUACUGGGACCAGUCUGCUUCAUCAGGAGACUCCUCCUGUCCCCAGUGUGGUAAAAGAUCCAGAACCAGAGCUGUACUGCAGACAGCCAGUCAGAGCAGUUGUGUACAAACAGAUGUUGGUCUGCAGGAGGUUUUAGAUGAACAUAAGAUCAGUCUGAGGAGGAGAUGUGAACAUGUGACUGAAGGAAGUGAUGAAACAGGAAGUAGAACCCUCCUCAACAGGAUCUACACUGAGCUCUACAUCACAGAGGGACAGAGUGAAGAGGUUGAUAACCAACAUGAGGUGAGGCAGCUGGAGACAGCUUCCAAGAUGGACGCCCUCCAUGACACUCCAAUCAGGUGCCAGGACAUCUUUAAAGCCUUACCUGACCAACAGAGACCCAUCAGAGUGGUUCUGACCAACGGCGUGGCUGGUGUUGGAAAAACCUUCUCAGUGCAGAAGUUCACUCUGGACUGGGCAGAGGGCUUGGAGAACCAACAUGUCAGUGUGGUGGUUCUGCUUUCAUUCAGGGAGCUGAACCUGAUCAGAGAUGAGCAGUACAGUCUUCUGGAGCUGCUCCAUGUUUUCCAUCCAACAUUACAGAAGGUCACAGCAGAGAAGCUGGCUGUCUCUCAGCUUUUGUUCAUCUUUGACGGCCUGGAUGAAAGCAGACUUUCAUUGGAUUUCACCAACAGGAAGCUGCUGUCUGAUGUCACACAGAAGUCAUCAGUCAGCCAGCUGCUGACAAACCUCAUCCAGGGGAAUCUGCUUCCCUCGGCUCUCGUCUGGAUAACUUCCCGACCUGCAGCAGCCAAUCAGAUCCCUCCUACAUGUGUCGACAGGCUAACAGAAGUACGAGGCUUCACUGACACCCAGAAGGAGAAGUACUUCAGGAGGAGAUUCAGUGAUGAAGAGCUGUCCAGCAGAAUCAUCUCCCACAUGAAGACAUCCAGGAGCCUCCACAUCAUGUGUAGAAUCCCAGUCUUCUGCUGGAUCACUGCUACAGUUCUGGAGCACAUGUUGACUACAGAGCAGAGAGGAGAGCUGCCCAAGACCCUGACUGACAUGUACUCACACUUCCUGCUGGUUCAGACAAAGAGGAAAAAGAACAAGUACCAUGAGGGACAUGAGACGAGUCCACAGGAGCUGACGGAGGCUGACAGGGAAGUUCUUCUGAAGCUGGGGAGACUGGCGUUUGAACAUCUGGAGAAAGGAAACAUCAUGUUCUACCAAGAAGACCUGGAGCAGUGUAGUCUGGAUGUCACGGAGGCCUCAGUGUACUCAGGAGUUUGUACAGAGAUCUUCAAAAGAGAGUGUGUGCUCUUCCAGAAACCAGUCUACUGCUUUGUUCAUCUGAGCAUUCAGGAGUUUCUGGCUGCAGUCUACAUGUUCCACUGUUUCACCAAGAGGAAGACAGAGGUGCUGGAAGCCUUCCUUGGAGAAAAGUACAGUGGGUCAUCUCUGGAUGAUUUCCUUAAACGAGCCAUGGAGAAAUCCCUCCAGAGUAAAAAUGGCCGCCUGGACCUGUUUGUCCGCUUCCUUCAUGGCCUCUGUCUGGAGUCCAACCAGAGACUCUUAGGAGGUCUGCUGGGUCAGACAGAGAGCAGUCCAGGAACCAUCCAGAGAGUCAUCAACAAUCUUAAGGAGAUGAACAGUGAUGAAAUUUCUCCUGACAGAAGCAUCAACAUCUUCCACUGUCUGGUAGAGAUGAACGACCUCUCAGUACAUGAGGAGAUCCAAGUAUUCUUGAAGUCAGCUAACAGAUCAGAAAAGAAACUCUCUGAGAUCCACUGCUCAGCUCUGGCCUACAUGCUGCAGAUGUCAGAGGAGGUUCUGGAUGAGUUAGACCUAAACAAGUACAAAGCAUCAUUGGAUGGGCGACUGAGACUUUUUCCAGUUGUAAGGAAUUGCAGAAAGGCUCGACUGACUCAUUGUGUACUCUCAGACGCUCACUGUGAGGUUGUGGCCUCAGCUCUGACGUCUAACCCCUCUCAUCUAACAGAGCUGGACAUGAGUAAAAACAACCUGAAGGAUUCAGGGGUGAAACUGCUCUCAGCUGGACUGGAGAGUCCAAACUGUCAGUUGAAGACUCUGAGAUUGAAGGACUGCUGGUUGUCAGUUAACAGCUGUGAAUCUCUGCUGUCUGCUCUGGAUUCCAAUCCUUCCCAUCUGAGAGAACUUGACCUGAGUAAAAACAAUCUGCAUGAUUUACAUGUGAAGCAACUGUGUGGUUUUCUGGAGAGUCCACACUGUAGACUGGAGACUCUGAGACUGGGAGGCUGCUGUUUGUCAGAGAGCAACUGUACCUCUCUAGUGUCAGCGCUGAAAUCCAACCCCUCACAUCUAAGAGAACUAGACCUGAGCUCUAAUGACAACAUGCAGGAUUCAGGAGUAAAGCAGCUGUGUGGUUUUCUGGAGAAUCCACACUGUCGACUGGAGACUCUGAGAUUGGAAUGCUGCAGUUUGUCAGAGAUCAGCUGUGCUGCUCUUGUCUCAACUCUUAAAUCCACACCCUCCCAUCUGAAACAUUUGGACCUGAGUGAGAACAGGAACCUGCAGGAUUCAGGUGUGGAGCUGCUGUGUGGUUUUCUGGAGAGUCCACACUGUAGACUGGAGACUCUGAGAUUAAAGUACUGCAGGUUGUCAGAGAUCAGCUGUUCUUAUCUGGUCUCAGCUCUUGCUAAGUCCAACUCAUCCCAUCUGAGAGAGCUUGAUGUGAGCCACAACAACACACUAUUGGAUUCAGGAGUGAAGCAGCUGUGUGGUUUUCUAGGGAGUCCACACUGUAGACUUGAAACUCUGAGACUGGGGAACUGUGGUUUGUCAGAAAUCAGCUGUGAUUAUCUGGCCUCAACUCUAAAGUCCAGACCCUCUCAUCUAAGAGAACUUGACCUAAGUGGCAAUAAAAAUCUGCAGGAUUCUGGCGUAGAGCAGCUGUGUGAUUUUCUGGAGAGCCCACACUGUCGACUGAAGACUUUGAGACUGGAGGACUGCAGCUUGUCAGAACACAGCUGCAGAUUUCUGGUGUCAGCUCUGAAGUCCAACCCCUCCUUUCUUAGAGAGAUGGACCUGAGCUCCAACUACAAACUGCAGGAUUUAGGAGUGGAGCAUCUGUGUGGUUUUCUGGAGAGUCCACAGUGCAGACUGGAAACUCUGAGACUGGAGUACUGUGGUCUGUCAGAGAUCAGCUGUGAGUAUCUGGCUUCAGCGCUAAAGUCCAGCCCCUCCUAUCUGAGCGAGCUGCGCCUGAGAGGAAACAACCUGCAGGAAUCAGAUCUGAGGCAGCUGUCUGAGCUUGUGGAGGAUCCACAGUGGAGACUGGAGACUCUGGGGGUUGACAGGAUGAUUGAACCUUUAAAUGAAAAAGCCUGUGACUCUGAAGAAACAUUGGAUAUGAACCCUUUAGCUGAUUUAUCUGAGGAUGACAUAGAGCCAAUUAAGCCUCCAUCAAGCUUCACACCUGAAGAGCAAACUGAAUCCACACAAAUCUCCUACAGGUUCAGGUGUCCUGGUCCAGGCGUGUUCCAGUGUACUCUGACCAGACUGGUGUUUGUUAUGGUUCAGGAGGCGGAGCUGCUGUACUGGAAUGUCCAAUGGGAUGAGAGCCUCCUUCAACAAGCUGGAAAAACAGCUGCAGGUCCGCUGUUCAACAUCACAUGCUCUGAGGAUGCAGUCCGUCAGCUCCACCUGCCACACUGUGAAACAAAGGAGGCCUUGUGUGUUGAUGGCCUGCUGUCUGUCGCGCACAUCUUUGAUGAUGGGAUAAGCAUCUUGAAACCGAUGAGGAUCACCGACACGCAUGUGAUUGUGAGCGUCUCCCACUUCUCUGCCUUUGGCCUUAUCUGGAAUUUUGUUAAAAAGUCCUUUAAAAUCCCAGAACCAGGCCAGGUUCUGCUGUUCCUCCGAUUUAAAGACACAGUGCCUCUAAAAAUCAACGUGUUUCUCCUGCAUGAAAGAAUCCAUCUGUCAGAGGUUAAAAAGCAACAAGGCAGUGAUGCUAAAUACAUUGAGACGUCUUCAGACUGCGUGCUUCACAUCGGUCAGCGUUACAGUGUCCACUGUGAACCCGAGGGCCUGAAGAUACAGCCGAAGCACACAGAGUUUUGGAACAAGCUUGGACCGAAUUACUAUCCAACAUUUGAGGUUUUCCUGACUGCAAAGCUGGAGGUUGUGACUCUGAUAGUCAAAGACCAAGAUGGAAAUGAAGUCUGGCGCCGUAAAGUGUUUGUCCCAGAAAAGGACCGAGUCUCACCAGAGGACAGCGCACACCACAAAACAAAAAAAGAUGAGAAUAAGCUGCUUCAAAUCCGCUCAGAGUUUAUUGAAAGAGUGUCUGCAGAGGGUUUAAACAAAAUUGUAGAUAAACUCCUUGAGCGUCCAGUUAUUAAUGAUGCAGAGAUGGAGUCUGGGACAUCUGAGACAAAAAGCAGAGCAAAUAAAGUGCGAUGCAUAAUCGACACCGUGCGACGAAAAGGAAAUGACGCCUGCAGACAUCUGCUCGAUGUUCUCAAAGAGGUGGACCCAACCCUUUUCAGAGUGCUCGUGCCAAAGCGAAGCCGAAAAAACCUCUAAAGAAGCUCAUGAGCUGUGGGCUGUGAUGCUAAAGUCUCACGUUACUUAGUGAAAUCUUGAAAUGACGAGAUUUUUUAAUCACUCUGAAAGUGAUUCUCUUGAACCAACUUGGACUUGUUUGAAUGGAUGCUGAGCAGAAAAUCAGAUGGAGCUGUUUACAAUCUCAGACUGCUUCAUAAUGUUAAAGGUGUUUCCCUAAAGUCAUUCUAGCUUUCUCUCACUAGAUGGCGAUAGAAGCUCGGUGAUGGAGGCAGUACUGAAAGUCACAUGAAAGAUUAAAAAAAUACCCUCACACAUAUAGACAGGAAAUGUGCACGUUAACAUGAUGUUUAUCAGUUUUAAACUGAUAGAAAUGCUAUUAUUAAGUUUUCAUUUUUACUCAAACUAUUUUUAAAUAAUCCCAGAUUAAAUGGUAAAUGGACUGAUUCUUAUAUAGUCAAGUACUCAGAUUAACAUCAACAAUUUCAAGGUGCUUUAUUUUGGAAGGGAAAGACUUGUGGUUUGAAGGAUUCUGGAUCAAAGCUGCAAGUUUAUUUUUUCAGUCUUGAUCAUCUGAAUCAAUCAAAUUAAUGUUACUGUGAAAUUAUUCUAAUUAUUUUGUACGGAUUUUGGCUGUUAUGUGUUUACAUUGCAUUAGUAACCAUCUGUCUUAACUGUUCCUUAUGUGAUUAAAAUCACCACAGUUUGGUAAUCACAAAGAUUCAUGUUUCCUUCCUCUCUGCUAAUAAAUUAAGCCAUUAAAUUUCCUCUAAAGGUCUUCAGUCAGUUUCCUCUGACUUCCUAUAUCACACAUACAAAAGUUGACAGGGAAGAGAACAGCAUGUGUGACACAAAAGACCAGAGGUCUGUAUCAUGAAGAUGGCUUUUGUUUUAUCCCAGUAGCUUCAGGGCAGAUGGGUGGGUGGCAUUUCUGUUAAUAUCUGCUAAUAUUGUAAAUAAUUACUGCUGAGUGUGUGAGAGAUGUGAAUGAGGUUGAUGAUGGCAGAUAAAAACAAGCUGCAGUGAGAGACGACUCUUUCAUCUCUCUGUGUCAUGUAAAGAAAAGAAAGACAUGGAUGUAAAAGCUAAUAAAGGUGAAGUUAGGAGGUGUGAAAACAAACCAGGAGUCAGGCUGUGUGAGGAUUUUAGACAGAAGUUGUUAAAUACAAAGAGAAGAGUUGGAAAUAUGACAGAACAUGUGAGACAUUUAGAACAAUAAACUAUGUAUAGCAAUGUAAAUGUGGGAAGGGGCGCUGAAGGUGCUGAUUGUCAGCUUUCCCUAUCCAGAGUACUGCUGCAGCUUCAUUAGCCUCUGCUAACACAACAUACCUCAGCCUGCCACCCAACUGUGGCAAUGCAAAUGACAGGAAACAGGAAUAAACCCCGGACACAAGAGACCAGGAUAACAUCCAGAAGGUUUAUGUAAGGCUGCCAGUGCAUACUUUGACAGAGAGUCUGUGAGGCAAACAACCCGGGUGAGGAAAAGCCCCAGAAAUCAGCCUAAACAUCUUUCCAGGCGCACACUAGUGCAGCUCAUGCUGUGUGUGCCGUGGGUGAAGUGACAGACUAUGAAGCUGACCUGUCUCUGUGGGUCACUCAGGAAGUGAAGAGGACUAUAAACUAAGAAAGGUUCGACUGUAAUAAAAGCUCUCUCAUCUCAGCUCUCUCACAUUUUAAACAUAGUUACCUUCACAGAUGAUCUGACCGCUGCCAAGAGAUUAAAAGCCUACAUGACACGCGAGAACGACAUGACGGUGAUGAAAAUGCGACAAAGUUAAAGAUGAGGGAAACCGAUAAUAAGAGGAAGUGAAAAUGUGGAAAGUACACAGGAUUGCAAAAUAAGACAGGACAUGACUUGAAAUAGAAACUCAAAGUAAAGAUGGGGAAAUGUACCUGUCAGGUUUGGACACAAAGGAUGGGUGAGAUAAAACACUGUGUGUGGAUCCUUUCCACGCAUUUAAUGUAAUACACACCUUUAAAGUAACUCUUUAAACAUACAGCCUGCUGAUGUUCGUCUGUACUAUCAUCAUGACUCUGUGUUUGUGAUGCAUUUUUCAUGCUGGUUAACCACUGAUGCUUUAGAUUGAAGUAAAAACAGUAAAAACCUGCGUGACAGGAGCUUUGAAUCCCGUGUUGAAGUUUGUUUGCAGGAUUUAAAUUUCUUUAAAAAAUGUCUUCAAUCUUGGGGGAAACGUUUCUUGUGCAGAAGUAUUCAAAGUUAAAGCCACUUUUCUCCACCUAGUCCCGUAUCUCUCUGUACCCGUAUCUCUCUGUACCCGUAUCUCUCUGUACCCGUAUCUCUCUCU